AUGCAAGUCGUGGGGAAAGUCCAAGGAACUCGUCGCCUUCCGCCUCCUGCGUGGGUACCCAGCAUCAAAGCAGAAACAGGCGGAUUGGAUAGUCGUGUCUCCAUCGUUCCCCCGGGUGGGGGUCCGCAGUCCGAUGCUCCUCAAACGGACAAAGUCAACACACACGGCGCAGUAGCAGCGCUCACUAACGCUACGACUGCAGUCACUACGGAAUCGCUGUCUCAGCCUACUGCCUGGACGUCUCGGGCACCAACAACGGUUGCUAGCGGGGGUUUAGCCGCUAACAAACCUUUCUUUCAACGUCCACCACCAGUUACCAGCUCAACGACCACAUCAACUACCUCUUCCAAACCGGAGGAACGUAAACCCUCAUCAACUCAGGCUGGUGGAGGCGCCAGUGAGAUUGUCGGUGAACCAACGGGUUGGGCUGCGAUAACAGAGGAAGAACCCAAUUUCGAUGAACGCAUUCUUUUUAGCGAUGACGAGGAAAGUCAAGAGGAUUCUAAAAGCACACUGAAAAGCUCGGUUUCUGCACGAAUUGCAACACAAAGUGAUGCCAAUACAACAACCGGUGCUUCAAUUGUUGUUCCACCAUCAAAGCAAAGCGCACCUGUAUUGGGCUCGUUCAAUGAGCCGGAACCUGUGUCUCAUACUGAACCAAGCAGACCUUUUUCGUCUGCUUUUGGCGGUAUGUCUUCAUCUGUUUACGAUGAACCUGCAAGGGAAAAAGUGUCGGAUGCCUGGUCCAAUACGGACUCUUCGUCUACCUUCGCAGCUUACAACGCGCCUCCAGUUUCUCGGCACCCAAACACACUCCCAUUUGCCAAUUCAGCGCUAGGGGCUCAUUGUAGCGUUGGUUCAGAAAGUGACCGCGCGUUGACGAUUGGCCAAUACAUGCAGCACCCGAUUCAAUCACAGGGUGUCAAUCCAUCUUUCCCCGACUCCUACUUCCCAAGUGCUAUCCCACCUAAUCGUAUGGCGAGCUCAGGCGGUCUUCUGGAUUCUAUUCUUCCUCCGACAGAUGCAGACACUGAACUGCAGAACGCCCAGCGCCAGGCGCGCACUCAAGAAUUCAGAUCGGCAGUUGAACGGGCCCGCAUCUCUCGGCAACAAAGAGAAGUUUUUUCCACUGAAGACGAAAAUCUCCUACAAAAGUCAGUUGUGAAUCUCAUUUCCGAAUCAUGUGAUAGUUCCCAUACGCACGCCACACAAGCACCCACUCAGUCAAUGCUACUUUCUCCAGGUCAUCCUGUGGUACCUCCCGUUAUCAGUGGUGUGAUUCCACAACAGCUUUUGCUACCCGGUGCCUAUCCGCAAGGUGCUGGUCAGAAUCGCCCGUCACUGGCAGCCGCCGCUGCGGCGGCUACCGCUGCUGCGAUGGUCUGUGGAGCAGGUGGUGCACCGACCAGACUCGGCACUCCUGGUGCAGCACCUAACUUGGCAAAAAUACCUCAUUCCCAACCGUUACCUGUAUCAUCUCACUCUGCAGUCAACAUGGUUGGGUCGUGGCAAGGACCUGGAACUCUCCCUCCCAAUAUUCCAACAACGGGUUUCACUAACCCGAAGCCACCUACAGUUCCUCAAGUUUUACAGAGUGCUCUGAGCAUGGCUACCAGUGCGGCCCCCGGAGCGCAUCCUAAUGGUGUGUUCCUGAAUCCGGACUUCUUCGUAGAACGCCUUCUAGAAAUUCUCAACCAACAACAAGUGGUCAGACCUCAGUCGACCCCUCAGAGUUCUGCUCCUAGUAGAACCCUUCUUCAACCAACAGAAACCGUAGCUCCAACCUCCACACAUGAGCAAGGACGUUUACUUCAACCUGGCUCAAUGGGAACACCUAGCAAAGGCACAUUUAGCGAAAAUCAAUUUAAUGAUAGCGAUUUGACGGAGCUUUCUCAGCAGAUCGAAUCUACUUUGAAGACAGAAUCACCGACUUCUAUGCAGAAUGUAGCGCCUUCGAUAUCAGAGCAAACUUCUGUGGCGUCGUCCACCGGGAAGCAGCAGACACAACAGCAGCAAGUCAAACGCGUUCCGAUGCUGAUGGACGUCAAAGUUCCUACGUCAACUUCACGAAACUUGGCUCACCUUUGGGAGCAGGACGAUUACCUUAGUGGCCCUAGCGGACGUGGUGGGCGCGGUCGAUCCAAACUGUUCUCUGCAGAAAAAUCGAGAGGUGGUUCCGGAGACCACCGAGGUGCAGUAAACCCAAUUGCGUCUCACGAGGAUUACGAUGGGUCGUCUAAUGUCCGGUCAUGGCAUUCCAAAAACUCGAGGCGUGUUUUUAACGGUCCAAAACCAGAACAAGAAAAUCCGCUCACCAACUCUGAUAUUCAGCUAGAGGUGACCCAUAGUUCUCGGUCAGAUGCGAAACCCUCCUACGGAAGUGAACCAGAGGAAUACACUACUAGGGCCGAAGGAUUCCACGACGAUCCGAGCACUUCAAAUCGCCGAUAUGACCCCUCAUCAGGUUCUUUUGAAGCAGGAAAUACCAACCGCCAAAUUUCCGGGACUUCCAAACAACGAAAUAAACCUGCACACAAUGAUGCACAGGAGGGUGAAUCCAACGGUCAACGCCGGACUGAUUAUUCGAGACAACAUGAUCGUGUCCGUCGUGGUCGUGGUGGUUCUGGUUUCUAUUAUUCCAGCUCCAGUUUGAUGACCGUUGAUCUGAAAUUCUUUUUAGAACGUACAACACUGAGGACGGAUCGGGUAAGUACAGCUAUGCGCCUGAGCAGAAGUCGUAUCCGCGGGUUACUCGUGGUAGUUUCAGCGGCGGAAGCAACACUUUGCCGACCCGGAGUCAUCGAUCUGAAACAAGUGCAACGCAUCUCGAAAGCCCAAGAAAAGCCCGCCUCGUAUGAACUUCCCGUGGAAGAUUACGAUGAAGGUGAUCUACCUACUGUGCGUGUACCACCAAUGGAUACAGCCUUCAAAUCUUCACGCACUCAUUAUACUCGCGGGCAUCGGUCGGCCACAUUCCAACGCGGUGGUCUUCGACGCAUAGCAUCUAGUCGAACCAGCGGCACACAACAACAGCAGACAAAACGUUCAACUGGUUCAAACAUUCAGGGGUCUCGGCGGUAUCGUGAUUCACAGAAUCGAUUCCGCGAUGACAAAGAUGGUGAUGGCGGUGCAGCAGCCGGUGGUGGAAGUGGUACCGGUCGUUCUACGAUGGGCGGAGAUGGGGCGAAUACCUACGGUUCUGGUGGCUCCUCCGGGACUAAUGGCUGCAAUGAAUUGGGCGAUAAUCAAAACGGCGGUGGCUCUCGUAACAAAGGAUCUUCUAACGAUUCCGCACAUGAUGGAAACGACCGACUCCCGAACUCGCAAAUUCGAACAGCUGAAAAGUCAUGUCCAACUGAUGCAGAGAGCAAUGACAACAAUACUGCAUCGAGCAGUGCAGAUGUCUCCAGACCUCAGCGUCAGGUUCCUGCUGCUCGUGGAACUGUAGGUGACGCUUGUGACGCAGAGGAAUGGGAAACAGCAACAGAAGGAUCGAGUGACCCGGAAAGUGCAUCUAGUAAUCCCGGCACGAGAGGUAACCUGACAAUUCGGUUGUCAAAUCACACGGAUGACUCUGUCACCGUAUGCACUGAUUCUAAACCAGUGGUCUCUGAGUCUUGUGCUGUGCAGUCCAUGGCAAGCGGCUCCCUUAGCGUUCACUAUGGUGACACUAAUGUAGCUGAUUGUGCGAGUAGAGCCACAUCGCUAUCAUCGACGAUGGUUAUCAGCAGCGCGCUGAAUUCAGCAAUCGGAUCAGCUGCUCUAGGACAUGAACUGACUCAAGCAAGUGGAUCAGGACGGGCCGGUUGUCAUCUAUAUGAACACGACAAGUACCCUCAUGAUCGUCGCGGUAGUGGAGGUGGUAGUGGAGGGCUGUUCAACUUUGCCCCUUCGGAAUACGUUCUCAAAGCAGAUCCUUCUGACUUGAAAUUUUACAAGACUGACUCGCACUACUCUCUGUUUCGGGUGUAG